GCCCAGCGGAGAACGGAGCAGGAGCAGUAGUUACACGCGAGUGCGGAUAGAUGGCAGCAGCGGCAGCUCCGUGGUCGUGUCCGCAGCGGGCCCCGCCUCCGACCCGCAGCCGCAGUCAGUCGCUCACAGCUACGGCUCGUUACCUAGACGCUCCUCCGCAGCCUCUCACGCCGCCGCAGCCGCCGAGUACACAGCCGCAGCAGAGGCGCAGACGCAGACGAGUGAGGGUGACUUUAGCGGUUAUGUGACGCUGCCAAGGAGGAAGCCAUAUUUAAAUUUUAAGAGUGUGUCGUGUGGUUCAAAUGCGAGUAAUAGUGUUGGUUCGGAGUUUGAUAAUGAAGACUUAAGUUAUUUCAAAGAAAGAGUCGGCAUCUUGAGAAACUGUGGUGUUAAUUCGAUAACUCGCACGCAGAGCUUUAAGGAGGGACUCAAUUGUUAUUCUAACGAGUAUAGCAACACUGCGUACGGCUUAUCGAGAACGCAGAGCUUCCACGAUGGCCUAGCGGGGGACUUCAACGCGCUAGAAAGUGGCAAGACGAAGCUCCAAAGGGCGCCGUCCGUGGAUGAGAUUUUAGAGUCUGUGAAGACCCUGAGGGCGAGGAAGACGAUGGUCAAGUCAACGCCAGACCUCCUGAGUCCCCAGGAGCCUGUGUACCACUCGGCGUCGCUGCCGAGGCACAAGGGCAGCAAGGGCAAGGGCUCCCGCGCCGCAGGGACGUCGUCCCUCCUCGGCGUGAGGUACAACGGGCCCUCCUCCAACGAGUCGCUCUACGAACGAGUCCCUGAGCCCGACUACGAGCAGAUCCCCGAGUCCCUGGUUGGUGGGACGCCCUACUACGAGAACGUGUGUCGCGGCAACAACCACUAUGAGAACAUCCACCUGAAGGGCGAGGUUAUCUACGACAGCCCGAGGCCCACCGACCACAGCCUCCACCACCACUACGACAAAGUCCACGGCUCGGCGGACCUCCACUACGAAAACGUCAAAUUCGACGCGCCCGUCUACGAGAACGUGGACGAGAAGGAGCCCACCUACAUGAACGUCAACGGCACGUCCAAGUCCGGCAACGUGUACGCCAAUAUCGACGCGGGCGGCAGCACCAACAAAAAGUCCGGCAGCCUUAAGUCCUCGAAGUCAAGGUCGAACAAGGUCACCAUCAGUGGGAACUCCAUGAUGCAGGGCACCACCUAUGACGUCCCACGGGCGGCCACCCACAUCUACGACUCCCCACAGAGGCAAGUGCGGUCCGUGGCGUCGACGCAGGCCAGCGAGUAUGACACGCCGAAAAACAACCGCUCGAUCCUGCCGCAGUCCACGCAGAUCGUCCUCAAGGCCAAGAACGACCAAAAGUCCAAGAUCGACGACAUCUUCGCCGACUGCGACAAGGACUCCCUCGAGGGCGACAGGGACAGAGAACCCGACAUUCCUUCGCCAGGACGAAACACAUACGUCCAUGCCGAUUUUGAUUACGGCAGCGAGGAGGAGGGAGACGGCUAUGAGGACGCGGCCAAUGACUACGUCUCAGCUGAAUUUCCUGACGAAGGCCUGGGAGAAUCCGACAGCAGGUCCUAUUAUGCGGAAGAUCCUGCAGGCCUCGAGGUCAUCCUAGAAGAACCCGAGGAGGACUACUGCAGCUCACACGGGUCCGAGGACGACCUCCAGAGAGACGUGGACAUCACCCACGAGCUCAAGGGCGAGAGGAGGUCGCUGGACGGCUCCGAGGGCAUCGGGUCGGCUGAAGGAGACAGCCACUCGUCGGGAGGCUCUGAGCACUACGGCGAGGAGGACUGCGCGAGCUCGGGCAUUCACAGUGAAGACACUCCUUCUCCGGGCCCGCCUGUGGAACCCGAGAAGGAAGACCACCACCACCACCACCAGGACGCCUCGGGGGAGAAGAAGAGGGAGGAGGAGAGGAUCCAGAAGGACAGGUGUAUUGAAGUCUACCCUGAAACCGUGAGACAGCGACAGAGGAACAUGAUGGCGUCGCCCAAUAAGGUGGACAUCAAGAACUGGAACUCGGGCGUCGGCAGCGAGAGCAGCCAGAACAGCCCGUCGAAGGUAAAGAAGUUCCUGCCGUCGGUGAAGGCGCUCAGGAACCAGUUCGAGACCGGCAAGACCAGCAACGGCAAGGCCUCCGAGACCGCCACCAACGGCCACCACCAGACCUCCAACGGGACAAACGGCAGCACCCUCAACCGCAAGACCUCGAGCUCGACCUCGUCCCUCGCCAGCUCGACCUUGGAGAAGACCAGCAGCACGACGAGCCUUAACUCCGGCGGCGGCUCCUGCGAGAACCUCCUGAGCCCCGCGUCCGCCAUGGCCGAGAAUGGCCGCGCGCAGCAGAUCAUCGAUCCCGACGAGCCCGUGGAGCCCAUCUUCAACCAGUUCAAGAAAGUGGACGAGGAACUGCGGGAACUGAUGAGCAAACCGCCGUCGACCACCGGAUGGAACCCGCGCCCUCUGCUGAAACGCCUCUACUACAUCCCCGACGCCCCCAAAGUACAGAGUCAAGGUACCACCUACGUGAACAUCGAGGGAUACCUGGAGAAGCUUCCGUCUGGGCGAAAGAAAGCCACCUUUUGGAACGCCUGGAAGCGACGUUACUUCGUGGCCAAAGAGGGAGUGCUUUAUUACUACCAGAAUCCUCAAGCAGACAAACCCAGCAUGAAGAUGACUUUGAUGGGAGGCAAAGUAGAGUGUAUGGAACCCAACAUGGUCGGCGUCGAUGAUGGGACCAGAGAACCGAAGUCUGGAGCCAUGAUUGGUAUUGACGACGGGAAGGGCCACUACGUCGUGGUGAGAUGCAGCUCUCGUCAGGAGGCCGAGCGAUGGCGCAGGGCCCUCGAGACGCACACGGUCGAGGACUUCGCCAGCCAAUACGUACAGCCCUGGCCCGUCCCCAACGACCCUGCGCUCCUCAGGGACACCCUUGUCAUUGACCUGGGUUCCUGCUCCGUCAGGGCGGGUGUCCUCGCCUCGCAGGCCACCUUGCCCCAGCUGUUCCUUCCUUCGGUGGUGGCGACGGAGCGAGAGUCACGGCGCCAGAUCUGGGGUUACGACGCCCUCACGCCCGACGUCCGCGCCGCCUCCACCAUCUCCUUCCCCGUCCGGCCUUCGCACAAAAUCACGAAGUACUCUGUAGACCUGAGUGCCGUCUCAAGUCUCCUGCAGAAGACCUUCGCCGACCUGAGGGUAGACCCCAAGAACUACCACCUGCAGCUGUCCGUCCCUCGCGUCCUCAACUCCAGCACGCAGACGGAGCUCCUGCGGGUUCUCUUCGACAAGUUCGGUGUCAAGUCCGUGAACCUCACACACCAGUCCAUCCUCGCGCUCUAUGCCUACAACGCCACGUCCGGGAUCGUCGUGGACAUCGGCGAGAGAAUGGACAUCGUGCCCGUCAUCGAUGGGUACAUCGUGGAUGGCGGCGUGUCAAGGGUUCCCUACGGCGGAUACCGGAUACUGGAUCACCUUCGGCAGUUCUUGUACAUGAGGAACGUCUCCCUCAUCAACGAAGUCGAGAGUUACAUCAUCAGACAAGUGUUGGAGAAUAUCUGUUAUUGCGCCCACCACUACAACACAGAGAAGGCCCGCUGCGCCAACAACCCCGACAACUUCGAAAAGGGCGUCUCUCUCUCAGAAUACUUCCACAACAAAGACUGUCCUUACGAAAAUAUCUCCCUCGACUUCGGACGAUUCCAAGCCACAGAGGGCCUCUUUAACCCAGACGCUUGGGGUCUGGAUCACCCCGGACUCCACAAACUAGUAUACAAGGCUAUAAUGGAGUGCAGCAUGGACAUCCGAAAGGAGAUGAGCAGGAGCAUCUUCUUGGCCGGAGGAGUAACGCAGCUUCCAGGCCUCGUGGACAGACUCACCACCGAGAUCGACAACCUCACGCCUCCCGCUAUUAGACCCAAGGUCCACGCUUCGCCUUACCGGUACCACGCGGCGUACAUCGGGGCGUGCGUGUUAGCAGAGUCCCCUGGUUUCGUGCAGUCCCGUGUCACCAGAGAGGAGUGGAAUAAGCAGGGUCCGGCCGCUCUUCGCAAGUGGUCGUUGUAGAAGGGAAACGCACCGGAGCGAUGUGUUUUGAGCUUUUAUAGAGAGGGGGAUUAUUAUUGAUGAUGAUGAUAAUAAUUGUCCUUCUAUUUUUGGUCACGGAACGCUAGUUAGGCACUGAGAACGUGCGGUGAACGUCUCCUCGGGUUUGUUUUUGUUUUGUUUCGUUUGCGUGAAGGAGAAGAAGGAGGAAGGAGAGAUAAGCGAAGAAGAUGGAGCGAGCGUAGUCCCUCGUUUCACUUCAGGAAGAUACGUGAAUCACCUUUCUUUUUAUUAUGAAGUCUUGGCUUAACUGCACUGUACAAUUGCUGUGAUUAAUUGUAUGAAUAAAGCGUUGGGAGACAGAUAUGGGAAGGAAAGAAAGCGAUGAUGAAAAUGGAAAUGGAGAAACGAGAAGAGGAGAAGAAGUCGGAAGGAAGGCGGAGAUAGAGAUAAAUAGAGAGAGAGAGAGAGAGAGAAGUCGAAAGGAGAGACAGAGAAAAAGAGAGAAACAAGGAAGCAACUGUUAUUUAUAAUACUGCAUUGAGGUUCCUGUCUCUCGUGGUAUUUAGUUAAGGACUAAAUAUCAUGCUUUUCCCGCCUCCACCCCCCCUCCCCCCUCCCCAGAUACCCUCAACCCCCCCGCCCCCGCCCGCCCCACCCUGAAAGAGAUGCACUGAAUCUGUUUUAAUAUUUUCUUAUUUAGUUUUUCUCUUUCUUUCGUUAACACUUUUAUUUUAUUGUCAAUAUUUGCUUGAUAGGAAAUAGUGUUUUGUGUUGAAUGGCGUUCUCUUAGAUUAUGAAAUAUUUUUCUUUACGUUUCAAUUUUGAUUUAUAUAGAGAGAGAAAUGAUAUAUAUAAACUAUCCCUUUUUUGUAUAUUUCAUAAUGGCAUAUAUGUUUAUAUAUGAGUGAGUUUUCAUCCUAAGCACAAAUCACAAGUGAUUUAGUUGUUUUUAUUCUUCUUCUUCUACGUGAAAUACAUAAAAACAGGUCGUAUGAAACCAUUUGGGGAAAAAUACCCCAAAAAUACACGACCUGGAAACUAUACAUAACACGAAACAUUUAAAAAAAGAAAAAAAAAUAUAUAUUUUUUUUUUUAACCCUAGCACAUUCCAAGUCUCCACCAUUUCCAACUUCAAGUAAUUCCAACUUAGAAAUAUGAUUUAGAUGAUCUAUUUUACCUAUUUUCUACUCCAAAAGUUAACAAUGAACGACCUUUCAGAAGCUUAUUAACGGCACCGGAUGUAGACCUAUGUAUGGGUCCUCUAACCUAUGCUAAAAGAAAGGUUUUUUUGUUUUUUUAAAGCACUCAGUGUUCCUCAAAAGUUGUAUAAUUUGUACAUACGAUUCCUAGGUAAGGGAAAGGUUAACUUAUUUUUCAUUAUGUAUUAUACAUCUGCAGUUGUUUACUUAUCUCAAAUAUAUUUGUAUAUGAGAAU